CGUGGAUGUCGUCCAGUGUCAAGCUGCGAAGCCUUAUGUGCUGUGGGCGAUGAGUAUGAGUGUGGGCAGGCAGUGAAGAGGAGCGACCGGUUCGGCGAGGCGACGAGUGUCAUGGGCAGUGAAUAGCAAUUGUGGAUCGACACGUAAUGCGUGAUAAAGGGUUCCUUCCCGGCCUUCAAUGGCACCAGCACAAGAGCUGGUGUCUGAAAGGCCGCCGCCUCCUCCUCCUCCUCCUCCUCCUCCUCCUUUUCACCAAUUCUUUAUGGAUGCUAUCAGCCAUGGGGCCUUGCAUUACACAGCUGCGUCUUUGACGAGCAAGAUUUUUCAGUAUGGAGGAGGUCCUUUACGGAGGAGCAGCUGCCAGGCACAUGCACAGGCACAUGCACAGGCACAGGCCCAGGCGCUAGAAUCGUGGGACAAAAUGGGACACAACUGUCCACAGGCACUAGAACCGCGGGACAAAAUGGGACAGAGCUGUCAACAGGCACUAGAGUUGCGGGACAAAAUGGGACAGAGCUGUCCACAGGCACUGGAAAAGUGGGACACAAUUGGACACAGCGGUCCAGAGGGACUAGAAUCGCGGGACAAAGUGGCAAAGAAGUGGGUCAACAUGGGACAGAUCUGUCAACAGGCACUAGAACCACGGGGCAAAGAGACAAAGAAGGGGUGGAAAGUGGGACAGAGCUGUCCACAGACAGUACAAGUGCGGGACAAAAUGGGACAAAGCUGUCCACAGACAGUACAAGUGCGGGACAAAAUGGUACAGAGCUGUCCACAGACAGUACAAGUGCGGAACAAAAUGGGACAGAGCUGUGCUGAACCAUCAUGUUGGUCUACAGUUGCGGCCUGCGAGGCGGGAAAUGGGGUGUGCGUUGGUGGGCAUGCGCUGCCAGAUGUCCAGACAAAUGGAGGGGGGUUAGACAGUGCCCUGGGAAAGGUUGGGGGUAUUAAAUGGAGAAAUGCAGUUGCAGGAUCUGUGGCUGGACUAGCCUCCGUCGUGGCUCUGUACCCACUGGAAGUUGUUCGGACCAGAUUCCAAGAUCCAACAGGAACUUUGAUGAUGUCAACUUCUAUGGUCACUCUGAGAAUAACUUACGGAUGGAGGGGUCUCUUCGCAGGGAUGGGUCCAGCCCUUCUUGGGACUACAGCAUCUUGGGGAGUCUACUUCUUUCUGUACACAGAAGCAAAGAGUCGAUAUGAGCGUAAAUACGGAAAAGAGCUGGGUCCCAAAUUUCACCUGCUGUCGGCGGCAGAAGCAGGGUCACUGACUUGCCUUGUGUCUAAUCCAAUUUGGGUGGUGAAGACUCGACUGCAGCUGCAACAACCGGGCUCUCAUGUGCGACCUUAUAAGGGAUUUACGGAUGCUGUGCGAUGCAUUGUCAAAGAGGAAGGACUCCGAGGAUUUUACAGGGGCUUGUACCCAAGCCUUAUAUUGGUUUCUCACGGGGCAUUGCAGUUCAUGGCAUAUGAAGAGGGAAAGAAAGUGUUUCGUUGUCUUAGGGCUCAGGGAGACUUAAGGUCCGCUUCGAAAGAUAAGAUCUCAUUGCUGACUUCAACUGAUUAUGCGGUCUUAGGUGCCGGCUCGAAGCUUAUUGCUGCUCUCUUCACAUAUCCUUACAUGGUCAUCCGCUCACGGCUUCAGUUGCGACCAGAUCUCGAAGGCCUUGCGAAGUACAGGAACAGCCUUCACACAUUGCAUGAGACUGUGCGAUAUGAAGGCCUGCUGGGGCUCUACAAGGGGUUUGCUCCACAUGCUCUGCGAGUAAUGCCGGCGUCGGCAAUCACGUUUCUAGUCUAUGAGAGUAUCAUGAAGCUGUUAUGAUCUACGAAAUGUCCCCGUUCAAUCUGCUUCACAAUUCUCAAAGGCAAUAUCGGAAGCUUCAGGCUUUGAAUUGACCGGACAUGGAUGGUAUACAUAAGCCUCCCCGUUUUCAUGACUCUCUACUGGCAUCGAUUCGCGCUCACUUUAGCAGGUUUCUUUCGGCGAGAUCGAAAUCCUGAGGCUUUGUCAUUCCAUUUCAUAUCUCUGCACUGGCUUCGCAGGAACUCUAGUUGCAGCAUCAACUCUGGUUGGUUGUUUAUGUUAUCGUCCACCCUUAAUUCUUUGCAGAUUCUCAUAUUCGAUAUUCAAUUUUCGAUCCCCGACUCCAAUUUUUAAAUCCCUGCAUUAUAAAAUCCCAAACUAUCCCAUUGCAGUUGAAGGUGUUCCCAACCUACAGAGAGAGAGAGAGAGAGAGAGGGGACAACCACUGACGGCAUACUGAUGUUAGGACUUUCAGUGAUAUAUCAGACCGCAAUUCUUGAUGGACUACCGUCUUCUCCUGAACAUAAUGCAUAAGAGUCGCAAACUGAAUACGACACAUAAGUUGCUUUCUGUUCAAAUACAACGCAUGUGCGUUCUAUUCGAACAGCGUUAGAACCCGGAUGAUGCAUUCUAUUUGAGUCCUCAUUUUCUUUUUGAAAACUCGAAUCAAAGCAUAUGCGUUAC